AAUUAAACCCUAGCUCCUCCCUCUUCAACCUCCACCAUUCCGCUUGGUUGAAGCCCUAGCAGAGAGCAUACCAUGGUCCACGUCUCUUUCUACAGGAACUAUGGGAAGACCUUCAAGAAACCUCGGCGCCCUUAUGAAAAGGAGCGUCUGGAUGCAGAGCUCAAACUUGUAGGUGAAUAUGGGCUUCGUUGUAAAAGAGAGCUAUGGCGUGUUCAAUAUGCAUUGAGCCGAAUCCGAAAUAAUGCCAGGAUGCUUUUGACGCUUGAUGAAAAGAAUCCACGAAGAAUUUUUGAGGGAGAGGCCCUGCUUAGGAGGAUGAACAGGUAUGGUCUUUUGGAUGAAAGCCAAAACAAGCUCGAUUAUGUCUUGGCACUUACUGUCGAGAAUUUCCUUGAGCGUCGUCUCCAAACCCUUGUGUUCAAGUCGGGAAUGGCAAAAUCUAUCCACCACGCUAGAGUGCUCAUCAGGCAGAAGCAUAUAAGGGUAGGGAGGCAGGUAGUUAACAUCCCCUCUUUCAUGGUGAGGGUUGAUUCCCAAAAGCACAUAGACUUCUCUCUCACAAGUCCAUUUGGAGGCGGACGUCCUGGACGGGUGAAGAGAAAGAACCAGAAGGCGGCUGCGAAAAAGGCUGCUGGCGGAGAUGGAGAUGAAGAAGAAGAGGAUUGAGCUGUGGGCUUAGUUAAAAGUAGUGUUUUACUUCAAUUUUGUUUUGUCUGUGUUUUCUUACGUCUUUUGAGCUUGUGUUUGGACUUCUACUUUGAGCUGUGACCGCCUUUUGUUUCUACCCUGUAUUUGUUAUUGGCUCAAUUGAAGGUCUCACAUGCCUUGGUUUUGUGUUCGAGUUGUAGAAAAUCUCGUGGGAUGUAGGAGAACUUUUAAAUUGUUGGACUACAUUGAGAAGACAUGUAAAGCUAAGGUUCCUACAAAAGUAGAGUUUUUGUGUUCUUAUUA